AUGCCAGAUUACUGGAUUUGGACAUUUCACGGUGAAGAAGUGCCCUCUGUUUAUUCGGGUAAACAUGACACACAUUUACCUAGUUCAAACACGGUGGAUCAUACCUCUGAGAUGAAUCAAAUUAUGUAUAUGCAAGAGAUGUUGAGUAAUGCUCUUGACCAACAUGAUUCAUUUGAAGAAGCAGACGGGAGUCAUUUAGAAGAGUCUCCAAAUGACUUCACUCAGAGAUUUUACAAUUUAUUAGCAGAUGCCAAUGAACCUGUAUUUGAAGGGGUUACAGAGUCUAAAUUGUCAGUAUGCAUUAGACUUUUGUCCCUCAAAUCCAACUGGAACAUUUCCAACCAAGCAUUGGACAACAUUGCAAAACUCAUUUUAGAUCUAACACCACCAAAUAAUUCUUUGCCCAAGAAUUACUAUGAAGCAAAGAGAUUAGUUUCGAAGUUGGGAUUGGAGUCUAAGAAGAUUAAUUGUUGUAUGAACGGCUGUAUGCUUUUCUAUGACAAUGAUAAUGGAAAAAAUGAUGCAUCUUUGCUCCAAUGCAAAUUUUGUGGACACCCUCGAUAUUGUACACUCCAUGGAGGCCAGAGGCAAAAAAAACCAAUUUCAUUGAAGUCCAUGUUCUACUUGCCUAUAAUUCCAAGACUACAAAGAAUGUUUGCUUCAAUGCAAACAACACAACAUAUGACAUGGCAUUAUGAGAACAAAAUAGAAGGCAUGCUACGUCAUCCAUCCGAUGGACAAGCUUGGAAGCACUUUGAUCGAAAGCAUCCUUCCUUCGCCAGUGAUCCCCGUAACGUUCGACUUGGUCUCUGUUCAGAUGGAUUUAAUCCGUACAUCCAGGCAUCGUCAUCACCCUAUUCUUGUUGGCCUGUGAUUGUUACUCCUUACAAUCUUCCACCUGAGAUGUGUAUGACUAAGCCUUAUAUGUUUUUGACGUGUAUAAUACCAGGUCCAUCUAAUCCAAAGGCAUCGAUAGAUGUUUAUCUAAAACCUUUGAUUGAUGAUUUGAAUAAGCUGUGGAGUGGUAUUUGGACGUAUGAUGUUUCAAGGAAGCAAAAUUUCCUAAUGAGGGCGACUUUGAUGUGGACUAUUAAUGACUUCCCUGCAUAUGGGAUGUUAUCCGGUAGGAGCACACAUGGUAGAUUAGCUUGUCCGCAUUGUAUGGAGCAUACUAAGUCGUUCACAUUGAAUUAUGGUCGGAAAAGUUGUUGGUUUGAUUGUCAUUGUCGAUUCUUGCCAAGUGACCAUCCAUUUAGGAGAAACACUAGGGCAUUUCGCAAAGGAGAAGUUGAAACGGAUGGGCCACCUCCGAGGUUGACUCCAUCACAACUUUGGAGAAGAGUCAAACAUUUUCCAAAAGUGACUGAAAGUGGUCUCAUAAGGAUCGAUGGGUAUGGAAAGUGGCAUAAUUGGACUAAAAAAAGUAUCUUUUGGGAUCUUCCAUAUUGGAAAGAUAACUUGCUAAGACAUAAUCUUGAUGUCAUGCAUAUAGAAAAGAAUUUCUUUGACAACAUCUUCAACAUAAUGAUGAAUGUCAAUGGUAAGACAAAAGAUAAUGACAAAGCAAGAAGAGAUAUUGGUUUAUAUUGUCGGCGCAAAGACUUGCAGUUGAAGUCACAGGGCGAUGGGAAGUGGCUCAAGCCAAAAGCAAAUUAUACGAUGACAAAAGAUGAAGCUAAAAUAGUUUGUCGUUGGAUCAAGGAGCUUAGAAUGCCAGAUGGUUAUUCUUCAAACUUGGCAAGAUGUGCUGAUAUUGAAAAGGGUAGUAUUCAUGGUAUGAAGAUUCAUAAUUGUCAUGUAUUCAUGGAGACAUUACUCCCUAUUGCGUUCAGCUCGUUGCCGAUACAUGUGUUAAAUCCUCUAAUAGAAAUUAGUCAGUUCUUCAAAGACUUGUGCUCAACGACACUAAAAGAGGAUUCAUUACAAAAACUGGAGGAAAAUAUUCCUCUUAUUAUUUGCAAAUUGGAAAGAAUAUUUCCUCCAGUAUUCUUUGAUAAAAUGGAGCAUCUCCCUAUUCAUCUUCCAUAUGAAGCAUGGCUUGGCGGACUAGUACAAUAUAGGUGGAUGUAUCCAUUUGAAAGAUUUAUGGGGGAUUCAAAGCGUUCUGUAAAAAACAAAGCCAGAGUAGAAGGAUCCAUUUGUGCAACUUACUUGCAUCGUGAGACCACAUACUUUUGCUCUCACUAUUUUCAAAACUUCACGUUGUGUCCGAAAAAUCGUAGGAAUGAAACACAAUGGCAAAGUCAAACAUCUGAGUCAACAUUAUCGGUGUUUAAACAAGUUGGUCGUCACGCAGGCAAGGAGUGCACUUAUUGGUUAACUGAUGUUGAAUUCAACUCUGCUCAUGUUUACAACGAGCCAUUAUGUGUUAGAAAUCAAGAGUUAAGGGAUUUGGCAAACCAACCCAUGAGAUGCGUGAAGGAGUGGCACACAUACUUUGUCAAUGGAUACAAAUUCCACACUAAUGCAUGGUCGAACGGGAAGAAGACAAUUAAUUGUGGUGUGUACGUGAAGGGCCUCACAGAGGGUGGUUAUGAUGAUUUUUAUGGAAUAAUUCAUAAAAUAUAUGAGCUAGAGUACAACACCUCUACUUAUCCAAAGAAAGUUGUUCUUUUUUAUUGUAAAUGGUUUGAUCCUUCUAGAAAUGGUACAAGAUUACAUCCUACGUAUAAUACUGUCGAACUUCAAAUCAAUUUAAGAUACCCACCAUUUGAUCCAUUCAUUCUAGCAAAUAAUGUUAAACAAGUUUAUUAUGUCCCGUAUCCAGCAUUUCGGAACAUCAACAAACGUGGUUGA